GGCUCCCAGCGGAUGCAGUCUCGGGCUCCCGGCCCUGCUGCUGGUCGACAUCGGCCCCUCUGCGCUCAUGGCUUCCCCGAACAAGGCAGUUAUUGUUCCUGGGAAUGGAGGUGGGGAUGUGGCCACCCACGGCUGGUACGGCUGGGUGAAGAAGGGGCUGGAGCAGAUACCUGGUUUCCAGUGUUUGGCUAAAAACAUGCCUGACCCAAUUACAGCUCGAGAGAGCAUCUGGCUGCCCUUCAUGGAGACGGAGCUGCACUGUGAUGAGAAGACCAUCAUCAUAGGCCACAGUUCUGGGGCCAUUGCAGCCAUGAGGUAUGCAGAAACACACCGAGUAUAUGCUAUUGUGUUAGUGUCUGCAUAUACCUCUGACUUGGGGGAUGAAAACGAGCGUGCCAGUGGAUACUUCAGCCGUCCCUGGCAGUGGGAGAAGAUCAAAGCCAACUGCCCUUACAUUGUGCAGUUUGGCUCCACUGAUGAUCCUUUCCUUCCCUGGAAGGAACAACAAGAAGUGGCUGAUAGGUUGGAAGCCAAAUUGUACAGAUUCACUGACCGUGGCCACUUUCAGAAUAUGGAGUUUCAUGAACUGAUUAGCGUGGUAAAGUCUAUGCUGAAAGUACCAGCAUAGGUAGGAUUACUUCUGCUAUUUUACAUUCCAGUAUGGGGUAGAGCAAUGAUCAGGUUAUUAAUAGAUAAAAAUUAUCUAUUAUGAGAUGAUUAGUAGACACAUAAAACAGAUCAAAGUUCCGGAAAAAUAACCCAGAAGUUCAAUAUUCAAACUAAGUUACAAACUGCGUUUCCAUUUUCCAUUGGAUUUCUAUCUCACAAACUGCCAUGAACUAAAGCAGUAUUUUUCUCAUUUGAUCAGGGACAUAAGGACAGUUUAACCACCUUUAUCUGUCCAAAGUGAGUAAGACAGAAGUGGAAUCCAGCUUUCCUGAUUCCCAGUUCACAUUAAAACUAGUUUGUGUAUGUUGUAGGAGUUGUACUCCUCUUUGAAAUGAACCUUUUUCUAGUUGGCAGGGUGGGGUGGGGUGAGGAAAACGACUAAAGAUCCAGAGUGUUGGCUUAGAGCUCAGAACACUAGCUGUUCUGAGCUGGCCCAAGACAUUAAACCCAGACUGGGGCCUUCAUCUUUGACCCCUGCCCCAGUCCUUCAAACAUGUUGAGGGAGAGGGAUACAUAUGGAUCUAAGAGUUGGGUCUGCCAGGUCGGGCAGGGCACAGAAGCCCAGCCUGUACAAAUAUGUCAGCAUAGCCAACCAGAUGUGUGCUAGACCAGCGUGGUGGGAAUUUGGGCAGCAUGGAGAACUCGUGCCCUUUCUAAAUUGUUGCCAUCUGGGAAGGUAGCAGGGUGUUGCCAAUUUUCUGAUUUUUUGAGGGAAAAACUUCAUGCAGUGGUUUUCAUAUCUAGGGACUAUAUGUUUAUAUACACAGUUUCUAUGUAUAUGAAUUAUGCCCAAUAUAUGUACAUAUGGAUUACAUAAGUCGACAACGACAGCGUAAAUAAAAAAUGUACAAACACUGCAAGACACACAAAGUCCAAGCCGCCCAUUUGUGACCUCUGCCAUUAGGAAUUAACUUAUCCAGAUGCUUUAAAUGAUUCUCUCUAAGCCUGAGAAAUGAAUUUAAUGUCAAAGGAUGAAAUUCAUGGGAACAAUUUAGAUUUUGUUACAAAAUUCUAAGUAAUCUUUCCAUACUUCAAAUUUUGUUCUGUAAAGAGGUCUACCUUUUAAAUUCUAUGUUCCGUUAGCUCACUUUCAAGCAUCAUUCCACUUUUCUUCUGAUCAUACUCCUUCAAAAAAAUUGUUUUUUCUUUCCAAUAUUUUUUGGCUGUUACAAUCCCUAAGUAUUGACUCAAAACAAUUUCCAGUGACUUUGUACAUGUUACAGAACCUUAUGUUUGCUGCAAAAAUAUGAAUUAACUCACUAUUUAUGUCUACAGGAGAUUCAAAGCCACCAUUUUAACCUGAAAAGUCUUGGCUUCUAAAUGUGUUCAAAGAAAAAAUGGAAAGACUCUAAACUUUUAAUAGCAGUUAUCUUUGGGGAAUGGGAAUUUUAGGUACAGUGUGAAGGAAGUCUCCUUUUUAUUUUGUACACCUGGGGACUGAGUUUGUUAUAGUGAACAUGUAUUACUUUUAUAAUUAAAAUGACUAUGUUUAAAACAA